AUGAAUGAAGCAAUGGUGCUUGCUGGUCCUUCCUGGGUGAAGGAGAUGGCAAGCAAGCACCAUCCGCAUCUUGUGCGUCUUUUGGGCUAUUGCAUCGACUUCGACCUCUCCACACGACUCAUGGAGCAGAUCCUCGUUUACGAGUUCAUGCCCAACCACGACCUUGAGAGCUGGAUUGGUUCUGGUGUCUCCCAUCCUCUUUCGCUUCGUCAAAGGCUUGACGUUCUGAUUGGAGUGGCAAAGGGGUUGCACUAUCUUCAUGACUUCGGCAUUGUGCAUCGCGACAUCAAACCUGCCAACAUUCUCCUUGAUGCAAAGAUGCAGGCAUGUCAAUAUUGUGAUGACUUGGUGCUGCGCUGGGCUCGCCUUGCCCUCUCCUGCACCGCCAUGCCUGCAGCCUCCCGCCCCUCCAUGAAUCAAGUGCUUUGGGAGCUGGUGAAGUUGAAGCAGGAGGCGUCCGGAGCACACGAGGGCCAUGUGGGCGACGCCAAAUCUCGCAUUGACAUGGAGCUUGGGAGCUCCAUUGGCUCCUCCAGCUUCACUGCUGAAAUGGCCCGUGCGGAGCGCGAGGGGGGCAUGCCAAGUGGCUCUUCCACGUAA